AUGGCAUUAUCAAAAUUAGAGAAUCAAGGAUUAACUGUACGUUCAGCAGUAUCUGGUUUCUUUAAUGUUGGAGAAUGGGUUGCAGCCAAGAGCAUCAACUUCACAAAGACUAAAAUAUCACAAUACAAAUUAGAUGAUUAUCCAUUAAGAAAACCAAAGGAUUAA